AUGGAGAUGUGGGUGAGGAUUCUAAAUCUCCCUUUCGGCUGGAUGAACGAGAGGAGGGGUGCUAGGGCUGCGGGCCUCAUUGGCAAGGUAAUCAAGCUGGACGUGGAUUCAGAUGGCAAUGCAAGUGGACCAUUUCUGCGCGUGAACAAUGCAGUAAUUGGUGGGAUAGCCAUUGAUGUCGAAAGGUUAAAAGGGAUCCAAGAGCAGAAUUCUGAGGAAGAUUUAAGAACUUUUGUGGAUGGUUACUUGGGAAGUCUGCAACAAAAUUAUGAGCUGGCCAAGGAGUGUCUGGAUGACGGGAACCUGGCCGCCCGCGGCUGGCUGCCACCGCCGGUGGCGUCGGCCUACGCGGCGUCCAAGGCGCUGGUGAACGCCUACUCGAGGCUGCUGGCCAGGAGGCAGCCCUCGUUGGUGGUGUGCUGCGUCAACCCGGGCUUCGUGAGGACCGGCAUGAGCUACGGCAUGGGACUCGUCUCCGCGGAGGCGGGGGCCAAGCCGCCCGUCGUGCUCGCCCUGCGGGACGAGCCGGGUGACUCCGGACUCAACUUUGAGCUGUUUGACUUUCAUACUUGUGUUGUAAAGAAGCAAAAGAAACAUGAUUGA